AUGGUCCAGAAGCUGAAGGCAGUGAGAAAUCCUGGUCCAACAAGUAGAUCACACCAUGAGGUUGAGAAGAAGGAAAAACUAGACUGGUUUCCUGAAGCAGAUGAAUUUUGUUUUCCUGGUGAUCCUGGAAUUAGUGAUGAAGAAGAUGAGAUUGAAGGAGCUUUCAAACUACCAAGUGGUAGGAAGAGAAGGUUUAAGAAGAUGAAGGAAAGGGUAUGGUUCAAUGAAAAGCUUCCAGAUCCACAAGAACAGUUUUGUAAGGGAUUGUGCUUCACCAAUGUUUAUGUGUUCAGAGAUGCACUUAGGGAUUUUCACAUCAGGACUUUGAGGAAUUUCCAGUAUCACAGAAAUGCCCCUGAUAGGAUUAUUGUUUGGUGCUCAGAGAGAGCACAUGGAUGUGAUUUUUAUAUCUGUGCCUCUAAGAUAGCUCAUGAGCAAACUUUCUGCAUCAAGAAGUGUGAUAUGCUGCACACUUGUGGAGCAUGUGCAGAGAACACAAAGGUUACUACAAAGUGGUUGUCCAAAUCAGUACAACCAGCAUUGAGAGAUGACAUUAGAGCUCCUGUGGAUGCAUUAAUAAAAAAGACUAAGACUAAGUUUUCAGUUGAUGUUUCAAGAAGUGUGGCAUAUAGGGCAAGGAGGAAGGCUGUUGAUGUGGUGCAAGGUGACCACAAGCAACAAUACUUGAGACUGAGGGAUUAUCUUCAAGCUGUUCUUGACACAAACCCUGGGAGCAGAUGUAUUGUAACAACAUUUGUUGACCCAGAAAAUCCUGCACCCACUCCUAGAUUCAAGUACAUGUUCUAUUGUCUGGCAGCAUCAAAGGAAGGGUUUCUGAAUGGUUGCAGACCAUUUAUAGGGCUUGAUGGGUGUUUCAUCAAGUUAACCACUGGACAACAAAUUCUUGCUGCCACAGGAAGGGAUUGCAACAACAACAUCUACCCCAUAGCUUUUGGUGUGGUUGACAAGGAAGAUGGAGAAAGUUGGACUUGGUUUUUAACUCAGCUGAGAUGCUGCAUUGGUAGUGGUAACAAAUUUGGAACAUACACAAUAAUAUCUGACAGGCAAAAGGGGUUACUUAAGGCAAUAAAUGAGGUGUUCCCUGAUUCACCUCAAAGAUUCUGUCUUAGGCACAUAUAUGCAAACUUUCAAGCAGCUGGGUAUAGAAGCAAAGAACUAAAGCAGUGUGUUGACCAGGCUAGCUACUCUUACACUAGGCAUGGGCAUGAAUUAGGGAUGGCAGCUCUAAAAGCACAGUCUGAGGAUGCUUGGAAAUGGCUUAAAAAUAUAGAGGUCUCUGCUUGGGCUAGGUAUGCUAUGGAUCAUACUUGCAAAACAGAUCUAGUUAUGAACAACCUUAGUGAAGUCUUCAACAAGAUGAUACUUGAUGUUAGAGCCAAACCAAUAAGGACAAUGUUUGAAGGGAUUAGAACCAAGCAGAUGAUAAAGAGGCAGCAGACUAGGGAGAAGUUGCAGACAUGUAGGUGGACAAUCACACCAAAUUACUCAGAGAUUUUAGAAGAGAACAAAAAGUAUGCCAAGCACUGCCAGGCUGACAGAGCUGGUGAGACAAUUUGGCAAGUAACAAGCAAAGAAAACCAAUAUUGUGUGGACAUGGAAACAUGUACAUGUGACUGCAAGAGAUGGGACAUGACAGGUUGUCCUUGCAGUCAUGCCAUAUCUGCAUUGACAAAGCAAAAGCUCCAUCCUGAAGACUAUGUUAAUGAAUUCUUCAAGAAGCCAAUAUUGCUGGCCUGA